CAGCAGCCCCGCUCCGUCGUGCCCAGCGCAUCCCCUUUGCUCCAGCCCUGCGGCCGUCCCCUUCGGCCCGCGGCAUGGCCCUGUCUUCAGAACCGGCCGAGAUGCCGCGGCAGUUUCCCAAGUUGAACAUCUCUGAAGUGGAUGAGCAAGUCCGGCUCCUGGCGGAGAAGGUGUUUGCUAAAGUGCUCCGAGAAGAGGACAGCAAAGAUGCACUGUCCCUGUUCACUGUCCCAGAGGACUGCCCCAUCGGGCAAAAGGAAGCCAAGGAGAGGGAGCUGCAGAAGGAGCUGGCGGAGCAGAAGUCUGUGGAGACCGCAAAAAGAAAGAAAAGUUUCAAGAUGAUUCGGUCCCAGUCCCUGUCUCUGCAAAUGCCGACACAGCAAGAUUGGAAGGGCCCCCCGGCAGCCAGUCCGGUCAUGUCUCCCACAACCCCUGUGGUCACUGGAGCCACUUCCCAGCCCACGCCAGCACCCUAUGCCAUGCCUGAGUUCCAGCGGGUCACCAUCAGCGGAGAUUACUGUGCCGGGAUCACUUUGGAGGACUACGAGCAGGCAGCCAAGAGCCUGGCCAAGGCCCUAAUGAUCCGGGAGAAGUAUGCAAGGCUUGCCUACCACCGCUUCCCGCGGAUCACAUCCCAGUACCUGGGUCAUCCGCGGGCAGAUACUGCACCUCCGGAAGAGGGCCUUCCAGACUUCCACCCUCCUCCACUGCCCCAGGAAGACCCCUACUGCCUGGAUGAUGCACCCCCCAACCUGGAUUACUUGGUCCACUUGCAGGGGGGCAUUCUCUUCGUGUAUGAUAACAAGAAGAUGCUGGAGCGCCAGGAGCCGCACAGCCUGCCCUACCCCGACCUGGAGACGUACACAGUGGACAUGAGCCACAUCCUGGCUCUCAUCACCGAUGGCCCCACGAAAACCUAUUGUCACCGACGACUGAACUUUCUGGAAUCCAAGUUCAGCCUUCAUGAGAUGUUAAACGAAAUGUCUGAGUUCAAAGAGUUGAAGAGUAACCCCCACCGGGACUUCUAUAACGUGAGAAAGGUGGACACGCACAUCCAUGCGGCUGCCUGCAUGAACCAAAAACAUCUGCUGCGCUUCAUCAAGCACACGUACCAGACGGAGCCUGACAGGACUGUGGCGGAGAAGCGGGGCCAGAAGAUCACCCUGCGGCAGGUGUUUGACAGCCUGCACAUGGACCCCUAUGACCUCACUGUGGACUCGCUGGAUGUCCACGCGGGCCGGCAGACAUUCCACCGCUUCGACAAGUUCAACUCCAAAUACAACCCUGUGGGGGCCAGUGAGCUGCGUGACCUGUAUUUGAAAACUGAAAACUAUCUGGGAGGAGAGUACUUUGCUCGGAUGGUCAAGGAGGUUGCCCGGGAGCUGGAGGAGAGCAAGUACCAGUACUCAGAGCCACGGCUCUCCAUCUACGGCCGCAGUCCUGAGGAGUGGCCCAACCUGGCCCGCUGGUUCAUCCAGCACAAGGUCUACUCUCCCAACAUGCGCUGGAUCAUCCAGGUGCCCCGGAUCUACGACAUAUUUAGGUCGAAGAAGCUGCUGCCAAACUUUGGGAAGAUGCUGGAGAACAUCUUCCUGCCCCUUUUCGAGGCUACGAUCAACCCCCAAGAUCAUCGAGAGCUUCACCUCUUCCUUAAAUAUGUGACGGGGUUCGACAGCGUGGAUGAUGAGUCCAAGCACAGCGACCACAUGUUUUCUGACAAGAGCCCGAGCCCGGAUGUCUGGACCAGCGAGCAGAACCCACCCUACAGCUACUACCUGUACUACAUGUAUGCCAACAUCAUGGUGCUCAACAACCUCCGCAGGGAGCGCGGCCUGAGCACGUUCCUCUUCCGGCCGCACUGUGGGGAGGCCGGCUCCAUCACCCACCUGGUGUCUGCCUUCCUCACUGCUGACAACAUUUCCCAUGGGCUGCUCCUUAAGAAGAGUCCGGUAUUGCAGUAUCUCUACUACCUUGCUCAGAUCCCCAUUGCUAUGUCUCCUCUUAGCAAUAACAGUUUGUUCCUCGAAUAUUCCAAGAACCCUCUGAGGGAAUUCCUGCACAAGGGACUGCACGUUUCUCUUUCCACCGAUGACCCUAUGCAGUUCCACUACACAAAGGAAGCACUUAUGGAAGAAUAUGCCAUUGCAGCUCAAGUGUGGAAGCUGAGCACCUGCGACCUGUGUGAGAUUGCCAGGAACAGCGUGCUGCAGAGCGGCCUCUCGCAUCAGGAAAAGCAAAAGUUUCUGGGACAAAAUUAUUAUAAAGAAGGACCUGAAGGAAAUGAUAUUCGAAAGACAAAUGUGGCUCAGAUCCGGAUGGCAUUCCGAUAUGAGACCUUAUGCAAUGAGCUCAGCUUCCUGUCUGAUGCUAUGAAAUCGGAAGAGAUCACUGCCUUGACCAAAUAGGUCCAGCAUUUGACAUGCAUUUUAACUUUUUGGUUCAAUUUCAAGUCUGCUGUGGCUAAUAGUGGUCAAGAUUCUAAACUAGGACUUUCCUCUGUUAAGAGGAUGCCUCUGAAGAAAUUUUAAACUGGUGAUUUUGGUGGCACUGCUCACUUUAAGAUUUAACAUGCUCACUUGUAUUUCUGAGUAACAAGAUGGUGACUUCUCCUUGGGGAUCUGGGAGCUGAGCACUUGUCUAUACUUGUUCCCAAUUUUCCAAUUAUUUCUCUUGAAACUGCCAGUGCCUGAACUGUUGGGGCCAGGAUUUUCCAUGGUCAGAUGCCAAGUAACAUGAGGUCUGUGAGGUUUUCUGCCAUACUUUUCUCCAUUGGCCCAAGUAGGCUUAUUGGUAGUUGUUCAUUUCAGCCUCUGGAUGGCUGGCUGCCUUAAACACAAUCAGUUUCAAAGCUCCAUUUCAUAAAAGGGCUACUUUGAGGGAGUUAAGAUGGAAGACUUCCUUCUUGAUAAUUUCUGUUUUUAGUGAAUUUCUUAAACCGUUUUAUUUAGCCCUCUUCCCCCAUUUCUAGUUGGAAGCCAAAUGUACUCAUGAAAACAGCCACUCCUAUUCUUUUUUUUUUUUGAGUUGAAGUCUCGCUCUGUUGCCCAGGCUGGAGUGCAGUGGCGUGGUCUUGGCUCACUGCAAGCUCCGCCUCCUGGGUUCACGCCAUUCUCCUGCCUCAGCCUCCCGAGUAGCUGGGACUACAGGCGCCCGCCACCACGCCUGGCUAAUUUUUUGUAUUUUUAGUAGAGAUGGGGUUUCACCGUGUUAGCCAAGAUGGUCUCGAUCUCCUGACCUCAUGAUCUGCCCACCUUGGCCUCCCAAAGCAGCCACUCCUAUUCUGAGUCUUGGUUUCUUCACCUAGAAAGUGAGGGUUUGGACUAGACAAGUGGCUUUCAGGGUGUUCUGUGAAUCCCCUCAUGAAUACUUUAGGGUGGGGGACGGAAGGGAGUAAGUGAUGCUCAGGGGCUGUCAAACUGACUCUGGUUCAUCAGUUUCACACUGGGACUGCUACAUAAUACUUUUGUCUGAAUGAAGAACUUCAAAAAGCACAGGACUGGAUGACCUCUGUUCCUUUCGGCUCUAAUAUGCUACAACUGUAGGCCAAUUAUCACUUUACCAGUUAAGAGUUAGGCCAGACAAGUGAAAUUUAACUGAAGGUCACACAGCUAUUAAGUAAUAGGCCUACAACUGGAUUUUCUUAUUCCAAAUCCUGUCUUUUCCCCACUAUUCCAUUAGACCCCACAAAUGUUAGUUGUGUGUGUGUGCGUGUGUUUUUUUUAAAUCACUGUAACCGGGUACAUUUUUUUAAGGCAAAAUUUCUCCCUUACCUACUAUGAUGACUUCAGAAGAUACAAUGGUCCCAGGGGCCAGGUAGAAAGCAUUUUAAAGACCAAUCUGAAUUAAGCUUUAUCAAUGUGCUCUUCAUCUGUGUUACUAGUGCCUGGUAUGUAGUAGGUGCUCAAUAAAUGCAUCUUGAAUGACUAAGUGAAUUUCUUUUGGCAACCUUUUAAGGACAUGUGCUCUUAGUACCCAAGAGGCUGCUCAAGGACCUUCCUAUGUAUUUCUGUGGUCAAAUUCAGACUACAGGAGGUCUUUUUGAAUCAUUAUAUUUAGAAGAACCCGAUUUCUGCCUGUGAACUUAUCUGACUUUAGACUGUCUCAUCUUGUGACUUUACAAUGCCUGGUCAAUUCAGCAUAUGGAACUACAAAUGCAGUCUUUUUAUUUGGCAGAUAUAUAUGCUAUCUUGCAGCUAAUUAUGAAAUUGAGUGAAAAUCCAUUGUUAUCUUAGGGAUUAGUUGUGAAAAGCCCCUAUUUAUAUACAUUUGCCCUAACAUAGGAAGUAUUGUGUAGUUUCUCAUUGUCAUUUUAUCUGUAUCAAGUAUCUUUUAAUUGUUAAAUAAAGUCUGCUAGGACUGUGGCUUAAUAAUUUAAAACUAAAGAUAAUCAUAUUUAAAGCAUAUGUUAAAGUUUUUUUACUCUUAAGAUUGGGCACCAUGAAAAGCUAUCAAUAAUAAUAGCUAAUUUAUCUUUUACUAAGACUCAGACAUGAAUGACAUUCACUAGGAAAACUCAAAAUUUUCAAACUGAAGCUCACUAGACCUGGAAGAUAAAUCUUUUAUUAUCUUCUCUAACUUCUACCCUGUUAUAGUUCAUGAGCAAACUACACACGUUCAUUUCCGUUUCCCGGGAUAUUAUUUUAGUCUGUCCAGCUAACACCAUGUUGGAUUUUACCUGUCCUGCAAGCUUUUCCGACAUCUUUUCUAUAGCACUUUGUGCUUUUAUUACAUUGUUAUACUUAAUUGGCCUUUUGGGGGACAAAUCCCUACUUUCCUUUGUGUUUGCAAUUGGAAUAAAAGGUAAUUAAUAGCAUACUGGCUCAGGUUUCGAGAGGAACAGUUUUUGAGGCAGUUUUCCCUUCCUUAUCCUUAAGGGCUCAAGUUCCCUUUAUGUGUUACUUCAAAUUGUACCGUUGAAACGAUCGCCAUCAUUGCUCUUUGCCUCAUGGAAACAAAUCACAGUUCCUGGGUUGAUAUUUCUCAUGGCCUCUUGGAUUAAAAAAGAGCUGAAAGCACA